AUGUCUGAACUCAACCUAAUUAAUGAAUUGAAGAACUUACGGUUAAGUGAUAGUGGGAUUGAUGGAAUAAAUAGUGAAAAUUUGGACACCGAUCAAAAAACCCGAUUGCGGAACAGGCUAAAGGACGCUAAUACCAGUGACAACGACUUUCGUGCCCUUUCUCAGCAAUUAAUCGACAAUCCGACACAAGUGUUGUUAUUUUUGAAAAUUCUUGACGACCAUUCUGGAUCCAUUCUAGCCAAGUUGAUAAAGUACAGCCAUGUCUCGUAUGAUUCACACGUUUUGGGUAUGUUGAGCGCAAUUCGUAGUAUAUUAAUAAAGUCUUCCAAUGUCAGAGAGUACUAUUUGAAGGUUUACAUAUCACUAAUAUCUCAAUUCAGAGUCACAAAUAUACAGCAUUUAAACUUGUUCUUGACAUUUGUGGGUGAGAAUAAGGAUGUAAAUAAUGCUGUUCUUAUUAUAUUAGUUCACGAUUUGGAGUUGAACAAGAAAGAAAGCGUGGUCACGAUAAAUGAGUACUUGCAAUUGCAAAUGGAUGAGAAGUUUUUGGAUGAUGAAGCUUUGAAAAACUUUAUAUCGACUCUUGGUAUCUGCUUUCCCAUUCUCCCUGAUUGUUGCUCAAAGAUAUAUACAAAUUCGGCCACAAAGCAACACAUCCUUGAUUCAUUUUCAAAUCACGGCAAAGAUUUGACAUCUACCAUAGUAAUUUUGAGAUGUGUUGCUGCAUCAUCGAUUCUGGAGACUUGUCGUACAUUUACAAUCCAAGAAUAUUACUCGCACUUAAUUGAUUAUUUGCGAUCGCAAAAUGUACGCAUACGAAUCCUAGCUGUUUUGAGUGUGGUGAAAUUGUGGACUUUCAUACAAGCAGAACAGAAAUCGAAGAUACACAUAACUGAUCUCGCGAAAGAUUUACUUCUUUACAUCACUGAAGGUGACGAUUUCGAGUACAUUGAGUACUCUCUAGAAGGUCUCGUGUAUUUGAGUUUGUUUUGGAAAGUUCGAGACUUGAUUAGAAUGGAUGUGUCAUUGAUUGAGAAGUUGAUACAAAUUUUGCACAUUAACGCGACCGAAAAGACUAUUAAUACGUCAGUGCAAUAUGGUGUGCUAGCUAUUUUAUCCAAUAUCACAAAACUUAAACAGCCAGAGGCAGACACUACGAGAAGAAAGUUGAAGGAUGUGUCGGUACCACAGAUGGAUUCUGGCAGUAAUGAAGAGAAGCAAGAAAACAUCAAACUCUUUAAUAAGCAGCUUGUUGAACAAUACAAGAUUGUAUCCAAAUUGAGUGCCAUCAAAACCUAUCAAUUGUCAAGUGGUAACAAUUUCAAUGAAAUAAUAAGUAUAAUUUAUCAUAUAUCAACAGACCAGUCGAAAAGUAUUCGCGUAGAGCUAGUUAAGCAAGGGUCAUUGGUGUUGGUUAUGAAUUUUUUGGUGAAUAACAGUAAUAUCGAAAAACUCGAAAACAGAGUAGUUGCUAUACCAGCUCAAAAAGGGGAAAUGAUUUUAAAGCAAAGAUUCAAAGCGUUGCGGAGCUUAGCUCGAUUGUUGAUAUGCGUUAACCCUCAAGUAUCAUUUCAAAAGUAUGAUGUUAAAUCUGCUAUUCCAUUUUUAGUUGAAUUACUUGGGCCUAUCACUUCAGAACCUAUAAACCCAAACCAGUUAUACUUACAGGAGAUGACUACACUAGAUGUAUACGAAUCGUUGCUAGCACUAACUAACGUCGCUGCAGGUGAAAAUUCCGACACAAGAAAAUUACUUGUUUCACAGAUCAUUCCUUACAUUGAUGAACUUAUAGUACUGAAAGAUCAUAUCCAGAUUGCCUCGUUUGAGCUUUUAAACAAUUUGAUCAGUGAACCUCUCUUGUUGGCUAAGUUUUUCAACAUUGAGCAAAAUACAAACAAACAAAGGUUGCAUAUAGUUGUGAAGUUGUUGAAUUCAGACAAAGUGAAGUUGCAGGUUGUAAUUGCCGGGUUCUUGGUGAACGCUACUAAUUUUGAUGUAAUUGCAGAUGUUGUUGUCGAAUCCAAAACAUUAUUUGACAAAUUGUUUGAGACAAUAAUUAGCAUUAUGCUGGACCAAAUUAAAGAGUCUAGUUUGGUGGACCCAAUUUCCUUCUUGUUGGUGAACUUGGUGUACGCGCUAGCCAAUAAAGAUGAGGCACUUCUAAAUGGCAUCAAGUCUGACAGAUUAAAAUCUGCAUGUGUGAAUGUUUCAAAUAAUGGAACUACAGACAGUAAAGAAGCGAUAACAAGUGUGAGGAGUCUACUAAACUUCUGA